AGGACUUACUGAAGAGCUGAUCUUGACGCUCCGUCUUUCCACCAGUCCGGCUUUGGGCUUAUCUAUUGACCUCUAAUUUCUGGAGCACGAUUCAGCCAUAAGGGCUACGCGGACAUCAGCAAGCACCGACAGGAUACUGCUCGAAAUCUCGCCAUACCAUGUCCGAGCUACGCCAAAGGAAAGCGGGAGAAAGCAGCACAGCACCUCCCGCAGACUCACCCGAACGUCCACCAGUGCAACGUUUUCCCCCUGACGACGUCACCUCCCAGUUCCUCGCCGAACACGUUCGUCAAACCCCAGGUAGCACAGGCGCCGGCACCGAGGCCAUCGAGGUCUACAUCACCCACAUAGACAACUCCUCUGCGUCCUCCAGAAGAUGGCACUUCGCCACCCUGGCGUUCAUCAACACCGCCUACACUUUCCUCAUUCUCCGACGCCUCUGGGGUGCCUACACGCGCUACGGCCUCGCGUAUCUCGUCCACGCCCAUGUCCUGACCCUGUUGCAUCCCUACCUCCCGGGCGCAGCGCUGCACCUGCGCCCUGCGCUUGAUGCGUCCCUCGCGGGGCACGCAGUCCUCGACCUCUUCCUCCUUCUCACGAUCACACCGCGACUAUACACAUUCGCAACACGCAUCGUUCCCCUCCGGCUCGCGCACGGUUUUCCCAGUGUGGGCGAGCCGGUGUUCAGGACGCUCUCAGCCGGCUCGGUGACGACGCUCAUUGCGGAAGCUGAGUCGUUGACUGUUGCUGCGUCGCAGUCGUCGGCUGCGGCGACGUCCUCAACUGCACCGAUCUCGAAGGCAGAGAAACGGGACAAGGCACUCGGCGCGCUCUUGCUGGCUGCGACGUCACCUGAGGGCCUAGUGGACCGGUGGUACGAUGUCCCCGGGGAAGACUGGGACGUGGACUGGCGAGCAGUGCGUGCGGCGCUGCUCGCCUCCGAGGAGGGACGUAUUUCGAUGCAAACGUGGUCGCUUGGUGUAUGGAUGCGCGAUCCUGUGGACGAGGACAAGAAACCAGGAUGGGUCAGGCUCGAGCGCAGCGCGCUGGUCGAUAGUGCGCGUGCAGAGGCAGGAACUGCCACGGGAGCGAGUGCUUCAUUAAUGCCAAAGCUUGGUCUAGAGCACAUGGAAUGGACACCCGAUGCCCUUGAACGACUCAAGAAUGUCCUCAUCCGACGCGGCAAACCGCAAGUCUACCACCGCCUGAUCGAAAUUGCCCAUCGGAAGACGCACAACCCAGACGGAAGCACCAAGGAGCUAACAGGCGCACAGGCGAUGGAGCUCGACGCUGCCGUGGAAGAGGUGUUCCGGCACGAGGGGCUGGAUAUUGGUGACAUUGUCGGGGAGGUAGUCGGGAGCUCGUCAGCCCAGGGCUCGGAUGUGAAGGAUAAAGGAAAGGGCAAGGAGGUGAAGAAGCAGCGAUGACAAGAGAGGCUCUGAGCUCGAGAGUGUCUUGUGAUAUGCUCAUUUCUUGAAUUUAUUUUGGG